UCCCACAAUUGUGCUAAAAAGAAUAUUCUGCUUACCAGGCAUUUUGUAAAAUGUUUUAUUUUGGGUACAAGUUCUUGCCCUUUUUUGACUAAAAUGCAUUUAUGCAGAACUUGAACUUUAUGUUGGGAUUCAGGAAUGUGGUUGGAUGAGAUUUGAAAAGAUGAUAAUGUUUCAGUAAUGCAGACAAGCAACAGCAACAACAAAAAUAUACAGCACCUGCCACAGUAUUUCAAUCAUUAAAAUAGCUGUACAUUCUACAGCAUUCAAUGUGAAAAAUACUUAACAUGCCCUAUUAAAAGUUACAAUUCUAUAUACACCUACUGAUGAUGGCUACUCAGGCAAGCAGAUCAGCCUAGAACAUGAACGUAAUAUGUUAAAUUGCACAUUGAAUGUUUUCUUUGUCAUGUUUUUUUUUUUUUUUUAAUGCAACAAGUUGAUCAUGAUCCAGUUAUGAUAUUGUGGUCAAUUUGUAAUGUGCCGCAAGGUAGUUAGUAAGAGUAUGGAAAUCAGUAAUAAUACAAUGAUGGUCAGUUCAGAGUAUUUUAACAUUUUGGCCAAUUAAAACUGGAAUCAUUUAGUUAUCUAAAAAUCUACUCAGUUUCAGUAAGCCACUCAGAAAAACCGGUUUCUCAAGCAUGUCGUCAGAAAGAUGUAUCAGCUUUCCAGUUCAUACAACAAGUAACUUGCCCGUUGAGCUAGAGAGCAUAACGUGUCUGUCUGUCUGUUCGUACAGUGAAAUGGCGGAAGCCAGUAUUUUAGUGGAUCAGGACGAAUUCAUUUGUCCAGUGUGUCUGGAUCUCCUCAAGGACCCAGUGACGAUUCCCUGUGGACACAGUUACUGUAUGAGCUGCAUCUCAGGAAUCUGGAAUCAGGAGGAUCGGAAAGGAAUCUACAGAUGUCCUCAGUGCAGACAGACCUUCAGUCCAAGACCAUUUUUGGGUAAGAAUGUGGUGUUUGCUCAAAUGGUGGAGAAACUCAAGAAGAUGAGACUCCAAGCUGCUCCUGUUCCUCCACCGGUUCCUGCUCAUCAUCACACCGGAUCUGGAGAUGUUCAGUGCGACGCCUGCUCUGGAAUUAAACAGAUAGCUGUGAAGACAUGUCGGGAGUGCCGGAACUCUUACUGUCAAAUUCACCUUGAACAGCACGAGAAUCUCUUCAGAGGCAAAGGACAUAACUUGAUGGACACCACUGGACGCCUGCAGGAGAUGAUCUGCCCUCAACAUGAUAAAAUGCUGGAAAUGUACUGCCGUACUGACCAGCGAUGUAUAUGCAUGAUGUGUUUGGUGGAUGAACACAAAAAUCACGACACUGUAUCAACUGCAGCAGCGAGAACAGAGAAACAGGCGCAUUUGGAGGAGACGAAGAAGAAAAUUCAUCUGAGAAUCCAGAAGAGAGAGAAAGAUCUUCAGGAGCUGAGAGAAGCUGUGGAGUCUCAUAAGCAUUCUGCACAGACAGCAGUGGAGGACAGUGAGAGGAUCUUCACUGAGCUCAUUCGCUCCAUUGAGAAACGUCGCUCUGAGGUGACGCAGCUGAUCAGAGAUCAGGAAAGAGCUGCAGUGAGUCGAGCUGAAGAACGACUGGAGCGACUGGAGCAAGAAAUCAAUGAGCUGAAGAGGACAGAAGCUGAGCUGAAGCAGAUAUCACACACAGAUGAUUAUAUUCAUUUCCUUCAGAGUUUGUCAUCUGUCUCUUUCUCUGGAUCUACAGACAGCCUCAUUGUCAAUUCUCAUCUGUCUUUUGACAAUGUAUUGAAAUCCGUCUCUCAACUCAGAGACAAACUGCAGCAGUUCUCCAGAGAGACUAUAGAAAACAUUUCUGGAACAGUGAAAACCAUCCAGGUCAUUCAGACUCCUGAAUAUGACACCAAGCAGGAGUUCCUACAAUAUUUCCGUCAGCUCACUCUGGAUCCAAACACGGUGCAUCCUUGUCUCCACCUGUCUGACGGCAACAGAGUGAUCACUUACACCAACACAUACUACAAUUAUCCUAAUCAUCCAGAGAGAUUUGAUUACGCUCAGGCGUUGUGUAUAGAGAGUGUGACUGGACGCUGUUACUGGGAGGUCGAGUACAGCGGUAGUGCAGGUGUGUAUAUAACAGUGGCAUAUAAGAGCAUCAGGAGAAAGGGAAAGAGUUUGGAGUGUGCAUUUGGAUCUAAUAAUCAAUCCUGGAUAUUGUUCUCUUCUCCCUCGAGGUUCUCAUUUAGUCACAACAACAUCAACACUAAUCUCCCUGUAGUGUACAGCCAUAGAAUAGGAGUGUAUGUGGAUCACAGCGCAGGGAUUUUGUCCUUCUACAGCGUCUCUGACACAAUGAGUCUCAUCCACAGAGUCCAGACCACAUUCACUCAGCCGCUCUAUGCUGGGUUUGGAUUAGGUCUCUACUCAACCGCAAAACUGUGUCAUUUACACAGUUGAGUUCUUACAUAGCCAAGCCAAGUCUGCUCUGAUCCUGCUCAAACUUUUAUGUAAAGAUAUAAUGGCUCUAGUAUCAAAGCAUAUAGUUGUGAAAAAACGACUUUAAAAACAGGGAAGUUGUGGCCUAAUGGUUAGAGAGUCGGACUCAUAACCUAAAGGUUGCGAGCUUGAGUCUCAGGUCCAGCAGGGAUUGUAGGUGGGGGGAGUCAAGUCAAGUCACCUUUAUUUAUAUAGCGCUUUUACAAUACAGAUUGUGUCAAAGCACUUAACAGUAUCAAAUUGGAGGAUAGAGUGUCAGUAAUGUAUAAUGAUAAGAUUAAACACUCAAUUUUCAAUUUUCAGUUAAAGGCAUUUCAUUAUUGAAUUUGGGAGGGAGUGAAUGUACAGCGCUCUCUUCCACCUUCAAUACCAUGACUGAGGUGUUCUUGAGCAAGGCACUGAACCCCCAACUGCUCCCGGGUGUCACAGCAUAAAUGGCUGCCCACUGCUCCGGGUGUGUGUGCACUGGAUGGGUUAAAUGCAGAGCACAAAUUCCAAGUAUGGGUAACCAUACUUGGCCAUGUCACAUCACUUUUAAAGUUGUAAUAGCUGUGUAAGUGAUCAGCAUUAAACAUCUAAAUGCCACUUCAGAAUUAUUUCUGUGCCACCUUUGGUACUUCUAAUGACCUCAGAUAUGAUAGCGUCUUAUCAGAUUGAUCGGAAAAACAGUUGUUUUGUGGGGAGUGGGAACUGAUAAUCACUUGUGUAUGUAGAAAAUGUAGAUGUGGUGUGAUUAUUUGUAAAUCAAAUUAUUCUUGGCUUUUAUUGAAUUUGAUGAACCUUUUGAUUACUUUGUGACUUCUCAUGUUGGGUUAAUCAAGGAAAUGGUUUCAUUUAUUUUUUAUAUGUUUGUUGUUUGGUUCAAACAAAUCGCUACAAGACAAUUAGUGGACUUAUAUAAUCUUGGGCCUACUUUGUACAGUUUUGCAUUUAUGUCUGAAAAUACUAUAACCCAUUACCUGCAGUUCAAGUGAUGUCGCUGUUCAUUUCCUAUAAAAUAUGUUAAGUAUGACA